GUGUGCAGGCAACUGGGCUGUGGCGAGCCUGUUGCUGCUCUGAGAAAUAGCUAUUUUGGUGAAGGCUGGACAAGUCCUUGGAUGACUAAUGUGAGAUGCACUGGCUCUGAAGACGUUUUGUGGUCUUGCCCUUAUGAAUAUGCACACUAUUCAUGUGGUGUUUAUGGAGAUGCUAGCGUCAUAUGUGCAGGUUCUGGACUAACAGCGCCUCCAGAAACAGAGAGCACUACAUCCACUUAUGAAACUACUACAACCACUCCUGACACCACUACAACUACGACGCCAGAGCCAACCACCACUUUUGAAACUAUGGGUGAUGAUCUGGUGCUAGGACUUGCAAAUGGGCCAAACCGCUGUGCAGGUCGUGUUGAAAUCCUUCACUUUGGAGGCUGGGUAAAAGUUUGUGGUGAUUUGUGGGACAUGAACGACGCACGAGUUGUGUGCAGGCAACUGGGCUGUGGCGAGCCUGUUGCUGCUCUGAGAAAUAGCUAUUUUGGUGAAGGCUGGACAAGUCCUUGGAUGACUAAUGUGAGCUGUACUGGCUCUGAAGACGUUUUGUGGUCUUGCCCUUAUGAAUAUGCACACUAUUCAUGUGGUGUUUAUGGAGAUGCUGGUGUCAUAUGUUCAGGUACAUAUUCUUUUUCCUUCGAACUCUGA